AUGGACAAACUCACAAGAGGAUGGGUCCAGCAUCAACGCAAAGCUGCACGUCAAGAAGCCGCCUCGCGCAGCGUCUCAUGUCCGCUCUGCGAGGCCGAAGUGCAGCACAGCCUUGAUGAAUUCAAGGCGCACUAUACGUUGAAGCAUCCAACGUCAGCUGACCAUUCUGAUAUUGAGGAAGCCUUCAAGAACUGUACGCUCCAGGGCAACGAUGCCACCAAGGCUCGAAGCUCAGAAACCAGGCCCUCUGGGGACACCACCAAUGCCGGGGCAGUGACCAGAAAACGACCAGUAUCUGGCAACCCUGAGUUCACCGACAGGGCUGAAGAUGACUUUGAUAGGCUGAAUUUGGCAGGGGAUGACUCAGUAUCUACCCGUCGAGGAAGUAAAAAGAUAUGUUCCCCUCCCGCGUCAAUCACCCAACAACGCGGCUCAUCACCACCGACUCCAGGCAGGAGUCGUGCCAGACUCAGUGAGAGAGAUGAUGACUUUGUUCGCACCAAGAACCCGACUGGUCGUCAACUCUGGACUGCCGAUGAUGCCCGAAAGACCGGUUCGCCGCAAAGACCACGGACGCCACAGACAAGGCAUGGCCAGUUGAUGUCCUCUUCCAGCCAUCGCCGGUCUCCCCAGCAUAAAGGCCAGCGCAAUCCAGGACAACAUCAUGGCCAGCCGAAACAGUCUGCCGAUGCCGCUGCGUCAACAUCGGAGUUGUUUCGUCAACCAGAUACUCGGUCUAUAUCUUCAGACCAGCUUGCCGCCGAAGUCCAAGGCAUCUAUGCCGGACUGGUUUUGCUCGAGAGCAAGUGUAUUGAAUAUGAUAGCACACAGAAGGAGACUGACCUAAGUCAAGAGCAAUAUCAUGCAUUGAUUUCUCUUCACCGAUCACUUCUCCAUGAGCACCAUGACUUUUUAUUGGCAUCUCAACACCCAUCAGCGAGCGCCGCGCUCCGAAGGCUUGCAUCCAAGUAUUUUAUGCCUGCACGAAUGUGGCGUCAUGGUAUACACUCGUUUUUAGAGCUUCUAAGGCGGAAACUGCCUGGCUCGCUUGAGCACAUGCUCACCUUCAUAUAUAUCGCGUAUACCAUGAUGGCGUUGCUAUAUGAGACAGUUCCCGCGUUUGAAGAUACGUGGAUAGAGUGUCUUGGUGAUUUAGGGCGUUACAGGAUGGCCGUUGAAGAUGAUAUCCGAGAUCGAGAAAUUUGGUCUGGUGUAUCAAGAUUCUGUGCCAUUCCUCAGCGCUAG